AUGCCUCUCCUCGCCAAGGAGGUGCUCCCGAUUUCGUCGAAAGACAUCCUGUCUUGGUGUUUCGAAAACCGCUCAGCCUUCCCUCAGGACAAGCCUAUUUACGCCGAUUGCGCAGAUCCGCGUCGAAGUAUUUCAGCCGGGCAAGCUUACAAGUUGGUCAGGCGGCUCGUCGCUGGACUUAGAGCGUUCGGCAUCAAGAAGGGCGAUUGCGUUUGCGUUCAUGCCUUCAACGAUAUCUACUAUCCCGUCCUCGUCCAAGGCAUAGUCGGAGCUGGCGCUGUUUUCGUUGGCACCAACCCAGGGUACACCGACUUCGAGCUUCAGCACGCACUGAAGGUGUCGCAUGCCAAAUUGAUCAUUACGGAAGACGAGCUUGUGGGCACACUUCUCAAGGCGGGCCGUGAUGUCGACAUAUCUCCUUCUCAGGUGCUUCUGUUCGCCGAUCAGGAUCAAUCUCCGCUCCGCUCCUGGCGGUCCCUGCUUCAACAUGGUGAACAAGACUGGGUCUCGUUUGAUGACGAAAACCUUUCCAAAAGUACGACAGCUUUCUUGAUGUUCAGCAGUGGAACCACCGGUCUUCCAAAGGCAGCUCAGGUCACACAUCAUAAUUUGAUCGCACAACAUACCAUCCUUUACGACAACCCUCGCCAUCCAGAGGCUUUCGAAGAUCGACGAAUAUACCCCAUGCCCGCUUUUCAUAUCGCAACAGCGGGCGUACUGCAUUUCUCGCCACUGAGGGCCGGGUUUGCAUCAUUCGUGAUGCGUCGAUUCGAGUUGGAGCCUUGGCUGGAGAAUACCGAAAAAUUCGGCGUGACAUUGAUGGUCCUCGCUCCGCCUCUCGUAGUCGCGACCCUCGCUCUCGCCCGUCAAAAGCCAAAUUUUGUGAGGCAUUGCCUGCGCAAUGUCAAGAGAGCGGUCUGCGGUGCUGCGCCGUUGGACCGGACGACCCAGCUGGAGUUCCAGAAAUUCCUUCCUGUGGAUUGCCCAUGCACACAAGGCUGGGGUAUGACUGAGGCUUCGGGCGUAGGUUCGUUCUUCUAUUAUCCAGAGAGCGACGAAACUGGAUCAGUAGGACGUUGGCUUCCUAACAUCGAUACCAAGCUGGUUGACGAUCACGGAUUGGAAGUUGGGCCGUACAAUGCUCGCGGCGAGCUCUGCAUCAGGGGCCCAACCGUCAUCAAAGGCUACCUGGACAACCCCGAAGCUAAUAGACGCGAUUGGGACAGUGAUGGCUUCUUUCAUACCGGGGACGUGUUGUACGGUGACGAGAAAUCGGGCCGCUUCUACGUCGUUGACCGCAAGAAAGAGCUCAUCAAAGUAAGAGCGUUUCAGGUCGCACCAUCGGAGAUUGAGGGUGUCCUGCUUCUGCAUCCACAGAUCGUUGACGCUGCGGUGAUCGGUGUUCCAAAUGGCAAUGGAGAGCUACCCAAGGCCUUUGUCGUGUUAAGCGCUGGCAGUAAGGUGCUCGAGGAGGACUUAAAGGCUUGGGUGGCGUCGCGGUUGUCCAAGUACAAGCACUUAGAGGGCGGCGUGCAGUUUGUCGAUGCCGUGCCAAAAUCCCCAAGCGGCAAGAUCUUGAAGAGGCAAUUGAGAGAUGAAGAGGUCAGCCGAAGGCGAGAAGCCAAGCUCUGA